CAGCUGAUUUUACCGCGUGCAGGCAGUUUUUGGUGGGGAAAAUAAAGUUGCAAACCAAAAACUUAUUUAUUGUUUGUUUCUAAACUUGUUUGUUGCGCGUCUACCCGUGUGUAAUUUGGAAACUGCUUCGACUGCUCCCAAUGACAACGAUGCAACGCCUCCUUUGUGGACCGAGGGAAUCUCUGGCUGGAUGCAAGUGACAAGCGGCGAGCGAAAUCGAAGCACCAACAAAAACCAAAUCCUGACCAGCGACGUAGCGACGAAAUGAAGCUGUUGGGCAAAUACGUGGACAAGGGCAUGCAGGGGAACAUAACCCUGAUGCCGGAGGAGUCGGAGGACAUGUGGCACGCCUACAACCUGAUAGCCGAGGGCGACAGCGUGCGUAGCACCACCAUUCGCAAGGUGCAGAAUGAGACGGCCACCGGCUCUUCCACCAGCAGUCGUGUUCGCACCACGCUGACCAUUGCCGUGGAGAGUAUAGACUUUGACACGCAGGCCUGCGUGCUCCGGCUGAAGGGGCGGAACAUCGAGGAGAACCAGUACGUCAAGAUGGGCGCCUAUCAUACCCUGGAUCUGGAGCUAAACCGCAAGUUUGAGCUGCGGAAACCGGAAUGGGACACCAUUGCGCUGGAGCGCAUCGAGAUGGCCUGCGACCCGACACAGUCGGCAGAUGUGGCCGCCGUUGUGAUGCAGGAGGGAUUGGCCCACGUCUGCCUCAUUACGGCCAGCAUGACGCUGGUGCGAAGCAAGAUCGAGGUGUCGAUUCCGCGCAAACGCAAGGGCAGCGUCCAGCAGCACGAGAAGGGUCUGGCCAAGUUCUACGAGCAGGUGAUGCAGAGCAUCCUGCGGCACGUGAACUUCGACAUUGUCAAGUGUGUGCUCAUCGCCUCGCCGGGCUUUGUGCGGGAUCAGUUCUACGAUUACAUGUUCCAGCAGGCUGUAAAGAUGGACUACAAGGUGCUGCUGGACAACAAAAGCAAAUUUAUGCUGGUGCACGCUUCCUCGGGAUUCAAGCACUCCCUCAAGGAGGUACUUCAAGAUCCUGCCGUUCUGGCCAAGAUGUCCGACACCAAGGCUGCCGGUGAGGUCAAGGUUCUGGAACAAUUCUACAUGAUGCUACAAUGUGAGCCCGCCAAGGCCUUCUAUGGCAAGAAGCACGUCCUCCAGGCCGCCGAAUCCCAGGCCAUUGAAACGCUGCUCAUCUCGGACAAUCUGUUUAGAUGUCAAGAUGUUAAUCUCAGGAAGGAGUAUGUCAAUCUGGUUGAAUCUGUACGCGAUGCUGGCGGCGAGGUGAAAAUCUUUUCCAGCAUGCAUAUCUCAGGAGAACAACUUGCUCAACUGACUGGAAUCGCAGCUCUUUUGCGUUUCCCCAUGCCGGAACUGGAGGACAGCGAUGAUGAUGACGACGAGGAGGGAGCAGCGGGCGGAGGCGAUAGCGAUAGCGACUAGGUAUGAAAUAUAUAUAGAAUAUAAUCUUGGCAUUUGUUAAGAGAAGCUGUAAUUGUGCUAGCGAUGGAUAUAUACACGAGUAGAGAAGAGAUAGAGUAAUAGGAACCACGACAGACUUGGACUGCGUCAGGGCAUAUACAAUAUAAAUAGUGCUAAUUCGAUACGAUAUAUACAUAUAUACACAACAUAUAACUCCCUAAGUUAAACCCGUGGCUGGGCAUAGAAAUUGUUUUAGUCAGAUAAUCCCACCCCACUUUCUUGACUGAAGAAGAAAGCCACAAAACCAACACGAAACAGCAACAAAAGAUUAUGAACUAUAUAAACGUUGUGUUCAAAACCAAAAUGGCCACAAUAUUUUAAAAGCCUUGAUAUAAGAAAUGUUUUAAAUGCUUGAUUUGUUUGCUAAAUCAAAGAUUAUGCUGCGUUUAACGUUGAUGUACAUUUUUCUAUACAAAUUGUAAUUAAAUUUUAAUGCUUAAAUGCUUUCUCAAUUCUCAAACAAAAUUGUUCAUCAUUUUGUAAAGUGCAAAAUAAAAGGUAACACAAUAUUCU